UAAAAAAAGUCUAGUUCUUCCAAUGCCAUUGGAUCGUCAAAUAUUUGGGAGGAUCAUCCUGAAGUAUAAAAGGUCGAAAUCAGCCGAUAUCAGUGCUCAGUCUUCUAUUCACAAUCUGCCGUGAUACAACCGCCCAACAUGAAGCUACUCAUUGUGAUCUGCCUUGUGGCCGCUGCAUUCGCCGCUCCUUCGGUGAGGCUAAGGAGGACCAUCCUCCCGGGUGAUGCCCGCUACAACCCCGUACACCAUCAAGUCGGUGAUGUCCAUCAGCACCAUCAGAACGAGUUCAACACCGCCAGGGCUCUUGAGGGCUGCGGAAGUGGCCUCGUAGGUCAGGCUCCAGCUCCAGCUCCAGCUACACCCGUAGAAUCCAGUCCGGUCCAGGAACAACAAGCUGUUGCCCACGAUGCCCCCAGCCAUGAAGUAACAUCCGCUGAGCAGCAAGUUGCCCAAGCCGCUGUCGAGUCCAGCGCGGUCGAAGCUGAAAAGGUACAGGCUGUAGGUGAGCGCACCUUUGUCCAAGCUGAGGCUGACGUCGCCCCCGUCCCUGCCGCCGUUCAGCCGGAACAACAAUACGCCGUCAAAACUGCCGAAGCUGUAGAGACCCCCGUUGAACACAGCCAUGUUCACGAAGUUGCUGAAAAGCCCGAGCCUGUAGAAAAUGUCAGAACCGCUCCCGUUUCCGCUGAGCAAAGCCAGUACCCCGUUCCCGUCGAACAGAGCCAGUACCCCGCUCCCGUCGAACAGAGCCAGUACCCCGUUCCCGUCGAGCAGAGCCAGCAUUCAGUUUCCGCUGAACAGACCCAGGUUCCCGUGAACGCUGAGCAAACCCAGGCUGUCGUAGCCGUUGAGCAGUCCCAGGUUGAACAAGCCGCUGUUGCGCAAAACGAACAUGUGUCGAAAGGUAAAGCUGGCGCCGUUCAAGAGCAUGAACCCGUUGCCGCUGAACAGCAAGUACCCACUCCCGUACAGCCACAACAAUACGAGAAGAGCGUACCUGAAUUCCAAACCAAGUCCACCCAAGUCGAACAGGCCCACCACCACGAAAAUCAAGCAGUUGCCCCAGAAGCACACAAGAGCCCUGCCGUAGACAGCGGAGUCGCCAAGGCCAAGGCACUCGAGGCAGAACCUGCCAAGCCUUACACUGGACCCGGAUCUGCAACCUUCGACGCCAAACACCAGACCCCAGUGGCCCCGUACCAUCCCGCCGUCGGCGCCUACACUCCGGGACUCAACGCCUGGGACCACGCCAGGUACAACCCGGGCUACAACGCCGCGUACCCAGGAUACGCUGGCUACACCGGAGCAUACAACGGACAAUGGAACAACAACUACGGUAAACUUGGAUGGAACGGUGCUUACCCGACAGGAGCUUACCCAGGUACAUACACAGGAGCUUACCCCGGAACUUAUCUCGGUGGUGCCACCCCCUACACCGGUGCAUACAACCCUGUCUACAAAGGCAAAACUGUGAUCGACCCACACGCACCUCUUGCUCCAUUCCCUCACCACCCGGAAGCAUCGAACUACCUCCAGAACCGCGCUCUGGGAUACCCAGGCUACAACCCAUACCACUUCCCUGCUCCAGUUGUACCAGUGGUGCCUGCAGUGGCGCACAAAGAGUUCAACGCCCAAAAAGUAGAAUAGAUCGUUGAACCACUCCGGGGUCAAUAACAUCCACGGACACGAUUGCCAGAGUUGAACGUAGAAGCUGAUAUAGCUUCGAAACGAGAGUUACUAGGAGACGGUGAAUUAGCUAUGACCUCCACCUCUGGAUAUACCGAUUUCCCACUUCUUCAAAAAUGCUUUUUCCUUGCCGAUAUUCGUGACGUACGUAAAUAGCGUACGUAUUAUGAAUAUAGACAUUAUAUAACCAUGACAAGUUAAUAAAAAUUCGAUAUUACGAA